GCUUCAUAAGACGCGGGAGUGGCUGUGCUGUGGUUGACUCCUGCAGGCGGCGCCUAGUUGCGCUUUAGACGCGCUGCGUAUACUGUGACGAGAAUUUCAAGAACGCAUAGGUAGGACAAUUGGUGUGUAAACCAAACUGGGAAAUCACCUCUUGGGACACAUAGUGAAUUUGUUAAGAUGUGGUAAAAUAAGAUGUCGAGCCGGACCAGACCUGGCUACUGUCGCCAGGACGUGAACAAAACCACCUGGGAGGUACCCGAGCAGUACCGAGAGCUGAAACAGGUGGGGACGGGGGCUUACGGUACAGUCUGCUCUGCGGUGGACUUCAGGACAGGGACCAAGGUGGCCAUUAAGAAGCUCCACAGGCCCUUCCAGUCUGAGCUCUUUGCUAAGAGGGCCUAUCGGGAGCUGAGGCUGCUCAAACACAUGAAACAUGAAAAUGUUAUUGGCCUUGUCAAUGUAUUCACUGCAGACCUCUCCUUGGACAGAUUCCAUGACUUCUAUCUGGUGAUGCCUUUCAUGGGAACAGAUCUGGGAAAGUUGAUGAAGUUACAGAAUCUCUCGGAGGACAAAGUACAGUUCCUGGUGUAUCAGAUGCUGAAGGGACUCAAGUAUAUCCAUUCUGCUGGCAUCAUUCAUAGGGACCUCAAACCUGGGAAUCUGUCUGUUAACCAGGAAUGUGAGCUCAAGAUCCUGGACUUUGGGUUGGCGCGGCAGGCUGACAGUGAGAUGACAGGCUACGUAGUGACUCGCUGGUACAGAGCCCCUGAGGUCAUCCUCAGCUGGAUGCACUACACCCAGACUGUGGACAUCUGGUCAGUUGGCUGCAUCAUGGCAGAGAUGCUGUCGGGAAAACCACUGUUCAAAGGCAAUGACCACCUGGAUCAGCUGACUGAGAUCAUGAAAAUCACCGGGACGCCCACUCAGGACUUCAUCACCAAACUGCAGUCUCAGGAUGCUAAAAACUAUGUCAAAAGCCUUCCCAAAGUGCAAAAGAAAGACCUUCAGGAACUCUUUUCCAAAGUCAGCUCACAGGCGGUGACAGUUAUAGAGUGCAUGCUGCUGCUCGACCCAGAGAGUAGGGUGAUGGCGGCGGAGGCCCUCGCCCUGCCAUACUUCUCAGAUUUUAGCGAGCCAGAGGAGGAGACUGAGGCCCAGCCUUACGACCACUCGGUAGACAACUCUGACUUACCCUUGGAACAGUGGAAACGUCACACGUUCACAGAGAUCUUAUCUUUCCAGCCCCAAGUGGUUGAGUCCAGGGAAACCGCACUGUAAGGUGAAGCGUCGCACAUGGAAACAAACCCCCACCCACCAUUUGUUUUUACAAGUGUCCUCCUCUGUUAAUCCAACAUUCUCAGACUGUAAUUUUUG